AUGCGCAGAGCCGCUCUCCGCCUGUAUUCGCAGACAUCAUCACAGGUUAAAGCGAGCAUCCUCGUCCACACGGAGGGAGGGAUUCGGCUUGUUUUAUUUCUUUCUGCCCUCUUUAUAUACCCCCCUCCUCCCCCCCUACCCCCACCCCCGGUCGCUGCCGCUGCGGCUGCGGUGUCAGAAGAGAGAGAGAAGAAGAAGAAAAAAAGCCAGCACGGAGGGAGCAGAAGCCAUAAGAUGAAGAAACGAUAUGUGGACGCGAACAGGCUUCGGAAAAUGAAAAAGCUGAAAAUCACGGAGAGGCUGUCUGAGAGUGCGUACACCUUCCUGAAGUUUGUGGUGAUGUGGAUGCUGGUGCUGCUGGCAGAUUUCAUUGUGGAAUUCAGGCUGGAGUACUUGUGGCCUUGCUGGCUCUUUGUUGGGAGUGUGUACACCACUUUCCACUGCCAGGGGCUGGUCAUUUGUGUUAUUUUUGUUUGCGCCGCAUUCAUACUGGACAUCUUUUGUUUCAUUUUUGUCCCUUUGUACUGGCUGUUUUUCGUGGCAAGCAGCUACGUAUUAAUCAUUUAUAUCUGGCACACAGAAAAGGGCAUUUGUAUAUCGACGGUGUCCCUGUGGAUUCUGCUUGUGUACAUAGAGGCUUUGCUUCGACUCAAAGAUCUUAGUACCUCUCAUCCCAACGUAUCUCAUCUUUUAGCUGCACACUGUGUUGGAUUUCCUGUAGUCAGUCUGUGGUUUGAUACCACCUGCUACUUUGCCAACAUUUUUAAGCUGUGCAUACAGAAAGCGGUGCAGAGUGAGAAUGACUUCCACAUGCACCUCCUCCAGCACUCGCUCCCACCAGGCCUGCAGGUUUACUCCAAGACCGGCACAGAUGGCAGCAGCAGCUCUAAAUGGAAGAACAGGCCUGAAUCAGGUCAGUAUCACUGUCAGAACGGAGCUGUGGUGGCCCACGAUGACGUGCACACCGUGGACUGCCUCCAGAUCCGCAGCGAUGACAGAGCGGCCGACAAAGCAUUUCAGGAGGCAAGGUCAGGCGAAUCCAACCGCCGGUCGGCGCCCCUCAAACCUGGGAUGGCCGAGCCCAAAGAUCAGCUUCACAGCGGGGCGGGAGGACCGGAAUCAUCUGCGACCCCCGAAAAUCUACCUCAGGAGGAGCAGGGAGGCAAGAACGCACGGGCGGCCAAGAGCUCCUCGCCAAAAACCCGUCCGGGCAGCACAAACACUCCUUCGCCACCUUCAGGAAGGACAGAGAAGAAACAGAGGAAUAGCUCCAAAACUAUCAGCCCCAACAGGGACGCGACAGAAAAGAGCGCCACAGCGGCCCAGACCUACCACGCUGAACAGAUCAGCAAACUGGAGACAGAGAUGCGGAGGCUGAAAGGCGAGCUGCAGACCAGCAGGCAGAGCGAACAGGAGCUGCGAAGUCACAUCUGUAACCUGACCAACAGCGAGAGGAGCCUGAGACCGGAGGUCUCCCUGCUCCGACAGUCCAACAUGCUGCUGCAGAGCAAGAUUCUGUGCUUGAAUAAAACCAAGCAGAGGGACAAGCAGACCAGUGCCAUGCUGGAGAAAAAGACCAGAGCAGAGGCAGAGGCGAGGCUCUCUGCAGAGAAACAGUUAGCUGAGCUCCAGGCUCAGAAAGUGGAGGACGCGGCGAACACAGCACGCAGCCUCACAAACAGGCAGGAACACUGUGAAACCCAAAUGUUAAGGAAAAGGGUUAAAGAUCUAGACACAGAGUACAAACAACUACAGCUGGAGUAUCAAGUGAAAGACAGUCGUGUGGUAGAUCUAGAGAGAGAUGUUGAGGGUCUGGGAAAGUACCGGUGUGUGGAGAAAGAGACGGACAUAUUGCUGUCCACUCUGUCGGCCAUGCAGGAGAAAGCCCAGCACCUGGAGUACAACCUGAGCGCUGAGACCCGCAUCAAGCUGGACCUGUUCUCUGCGCUGGGAGACGCCCGCCGCCAGCUGGAGAUCGCUCAAGAGAAAGUGAAGAGGCAGGACAGAGAGAUCCGGGAGAUGAAGCAGAAGACUGCGGAGGUGAUGGCGGUCAGCCCCGGUGUCUCCUACGUGGCCACCCGGCCUCAGGUGCCUCAGUAUCUCACCAAGUUACUCAACUCCGAGCGCUACAUGCUGAAUCCAAGAGCACUGAUGUACCAGUGCCUGAAGAAAUAAAUAAAAAAAGGGACACCAUGAAGCUUUGUUGAAUCAUCAAAUCUGCUCGGCAGGACCAGAUAAGUUUACCAUGAAGCUAAAUGACACCGUGAAGACGCCUGUUUUCAGUCAGGAGUGGAAAACAGAGCAAGCCUCCACAAGGCUGACUGCAUUCUGCUGCACUGUUGGUGCUAACUUGAUAUUCUUCGAUUUUUUUUUCCUGUCUCCUCCCACAUCAGAGCUCGAAGUGUUUCACUUUGAAACGAGGUAUGUAAUAUGCAGAGCCGCUCCGGGCCGAGUUUCACCCAUCAUCACUGAAGCAACGUCAGCAGAGAAAAGCACAACAUCAAUGCUGAUUCAGAUCCUGUAGAUUAACAUUGUGCAGAUCUGAGGAUGGAUUCGGCUGUUCAACUCAAGUGACGACAAUAGCACUGAAAUACGCAGCAUGGAGUAGAGCCGAACCUAAUAGAGUAAAAUUCACAUACUGACACAGCGAUCGUUAUCAAAUUAUUAUAUAUGGAUAUAUCCAAUUUUCAUUUUGAGCAACCAAAAUUCCAGCAUGUAAGUGAAACAAAGCAUUAGGCAUUAUUCAAAUGGUUUUACAUGAAGUAUUGUGCUUAAAAGAGUGGAAGAAUUUAGAAAAUGUCAACCUUAUCUUUCAUUCUUUUUUCAGAAUGAUUAUAGUCUGCUUUAAAACUGAUUGAAAAAUCCUGAUUACCAGCUUCAAAAUGUUUGUUAAUCCCUGUCUUUCUUAUGAAUUCCAGCAUAGAGCUAAAUGAUUUAUUGGGGGAAAAAACAGAAAAGCACAUCUCACCAUCACACUCCGUAUCAGGACAUUUACACUGAUGCAGCUAAAUGGAACUCAGCCAUAAUUUAGUUCUUUGUUUACACAUGUGUAACUCUGAUGUAAAUUGACCAAUGGUCAAAAAUGAUAGAUGUAUCAAACAGUGAGUCCAAAGGGAGUUAAGUUCAUGGACUUUUGAAUAUAAAAUGUCUUAUGAAAUCAAAUCUGGACUAAGAAAUAUGCUAAUCACGUGUUUCUGAAAGGGUAAAUGUAACUAUUAAACAUAAUUUCUGUAAGGCAGGUAUUAACAAGUUUAUCUUGUCUGCUUGUCUGCUUGUAAAUAGAGAAAUAUUUGGAUCGUGCUGAAAUUCAGAUGGAAGUUGUGCUUUUUUAUGUUAAAAAAAAAACAGAAAAAGAAAAAAAAUCUGAAAUGCUGAUUGAUUUUGAAUGAGGCCCUUCAGAUUUGGAUCGUUUCUAUGUGAUCAGACGUCAGAUUUCUGGGAAACUCUUAUGAAAGCAGUUCAUUGAUGUUUUGUUGUCAUGGUGACCUGAUAGGAGUGAGGGGGUGCAGUGAGAGGAGCUGCAGCUCCCUUUCAAGUGGCAUUUUGAUGCUGCUGGUUGUCCAACAAAUGCACCGAGACAGUGCGAGGAAGGGAACUGAGCGGUUGUCCAAACUUCCAGACUUCAAGCAGAAUAAUGAAUAACAAAGUAAAGAUAUUCACCAAACACGGCUGACUGAUUAAAUUACUGUGCCUAUAUACAUUACUUUCAGACUGGGAAGUAAACCUAAUUUAAUGUGAAAGAGUAAUGUGUUUGAAUUGAAGUGCUUUGUACUGUUUUUGUAGUUUUUAUUUCCUCUUUUCUUUUUUUAAACUCACAAAUGUACAGAAUUGAAAAAAACCCACGCAGCUGAUAAGCCGGAUGUGGCCAUUUUGGUAGCUUUUUAUUUAGAGUGUGUUUCUACAGUGUUUUAUAUGAAAGCUAUUUUUUCGCUGUACUUCAAUUUUACUGCUGUAAUUUUGUACGGCAACGUGUUUGUCGGCAUGACGUGUUUUAUUCAACUGUUGUUUGAGCGCACAUUGUGACUUUCUGUACAUGGACAUACCUGUACAAGGGCUACGGUUUGUAAACAUUUUGAACAAAUUAUUGUCAAUCUAGUGAUGCUCUGAGGUUAGACGUCACUCUCCUCACACAGCAGGACGGGCUUUUGUAUGAAUUAUUUAAACUUGAAUUUUGUCUGAUCUUUCGGCCUGUGUGCACAUCUUUUCUCAAAUUCAAAAUUUAAAGGCAUCAAAUACAUCAGUGGAUAUAUAUCCAAUAUUUUAUUUGGCCGCUUCAACUCAUCCAAUCUUGAAUUAAAGAUCAUCUGUUUUCAGUAAAUUAAGAAAUUAAGACGAAAAUGGGUUUGCUGAUAAUGUGUGUUUUUUUUUUAUUCUGGGAAGUGUAAAAAGAAGGUAAAA